AUGUCCGCGAACACAAGUGCCAGCAUGCAACCCAGCUCCUUGGAGCGCCUGCAACAGAGUCCUGCCGCAGAUCCCUGCUCCGCUCAGCCCGCCAGCGAGUCCCGCCAGCGAAUCUGCUCCUCGAGUCGAUUGUCUCCCGCCAAGUGCUGGCUCCUCGGCGUCCUGCUGCUGCUCACAAUCGCCGCCAGCUGGCCAACGGGGUCACAGGCUGCUCCGCGAAAGGCGCGUGGCCUGCACCUGAUUCUGCCGCACCACAGUCACAACCACAACCAGCGCCACCACCACCAGAACGCGAGAUCAGCGCCGCGGGAGCACACGAAAAAGGGAAGCGGCGGAAGCAGCGUGCCCGAUAAUCGCACCCGCCUGAUAACGGAGAAGGUGGAGGGCAGGAUCAGCUGCUUGAGUAUGAGCGACAAGGGAACCAGGAAGCUGGAGGACCUCAACAUGGCCCGCAACGUGACCAGGAACACCAAGAAGGCGGUCAUCUGUCUGACCAGUGAAUUUUUGGCGAAGUCGGAUGACCUGAAUUUGGCGCAGGCCAUUCGCAAGUACCGCUUCCAGAAGCUGGAGCUGCAGCAUCCGCUGGAGGAGGAGGUGAAGCGCGUUCGCUACGACGAGGACACCGAUGAGUUCUCCUUUGUGGGACCGCUCGCCGACUCCUCGGCGGGUGUCAACGGCAUCGUGGAGAGCCUGAUGAUCCUGAAGAAUCUGUUCAAGGCCAUCACGUUCAAGAACGAGCACUGGAACUGCUACUUCCGGCACUUCCUCGACUUCCUCGAUCACAAUGUCCACGAGGCGAUGAACGUGACCGGCGAGGCGGAGGUCUGCAAUCCGGGCGAUGCCAAGUACAAUGUCACCGGGUUCCUGCCCAUUUCCGCCGCCUUGGAGACCAUUCGAGUGCUGACCGUUGUGGAGUACGUGUACGAUCAGCUGAUCGACGCCUUAAACUAAAAAGGGGAUCCUUUGGAUUCAAAGCAACAAGCCAUACCAAAAAUAAUCGCCUCCGAUGACCCACUGCAAUCUCAAGCUGCUAUGCAUUCGUAUUUGGCGGUUUAUCUGCCACCAAACAGCCUCAUCUGCCCUAGACCCUAUUAUUUAUACGACACUAUUUAUUAUAACUUAUUUGCCACCACCCACCACCCCACACACACAACCCCAAAACUCCAUUCGUAUUUAUAUCGCUUUCACAUCCUAUUUAUAUACAUACAAGCCAUACUCACUGAACGCAUUCACCGCCUCGCAGGCUCGAUAACUUAUGAAAACUAUUGCCUAAGUGUAUUUUUUGUACUAUUAUAUUAUGACUAUUAAUAAAUUAUACUGAA